CACCUCACAAAUUCUCACAGCCAAAACUGCUUGCUCCCCACUCCCAUUACCCUCUUUCUCACACCAUUUCUUGGCAUGACUUUGGUUCAUUAUUCAAUGCUCAUCAUUGAAAAUCUCAUUGAGCUAUGGAACCGACUCACAUCCAAUUUGGAAAUGCUUGUUAUAAGCUCAACUUUUAUACUUAUUAUAAUCACUCUAUAUUUCAUGAGAAAGCCAAGAAAGAUUUAUUUAGUUGAUUUUGCUUGUUACAAGCCAGCACCAUCUUACAAGUGUCCCAAAGAGCAUUGCAUGAAGGUAGUUGAUAAAGAAGAAGUGUUCACAGAGGAAAGUUUAGAGUUUGUAAGGAAAAUUCUGGAGAAAUCUGGGAUUGGUCAAGACGCAUACGGAUCCAAUGGAGUAUUGCAAAUCCCUCAAGACCUAUGCAUGGCCGAGGCAAGAAAGGAGACAGAAAUGGUGGUUUUUGGAGCAGUUGAUGAGCUGUUGGCCAAAACUGGAGUGAAGCCUGCAGAUAUAGGAAUACUCGUAGUGAAUAGCAGUGUGUUCAAUCCUCAGCCCUCUCUCUCGGCCAUGAUUGUCAAUCGCUACAAGUUAAGGGGGAAUGUUUUGAGUUAUAAUCUUGGUGGUAUGGGAUGCAGUGCUGGACUUAUUUCUAUACACCUCGCCAAAGAUCUUUUACAGGUCCAUCCAAACUCUUAUGCUCUAGUGGUUAGUACAGAAAAUGCCACUAGUAGUUGGUAUGAAGGCAACGAACGCUCGAUGCUUAUCACAAACUGCCUAUUUCGAGUUGGAGGAGUUGCAGUUCUUCUAUCCAAUCGAUCAUUUGAUCGUCGAUGUUCUAAAUAUCAACUUAUGAAUAGUAUACGAACUCACAAAGGUGCUGAUGAUAAGUCCUACAAUUGUGUAAUGCAACGAGAAGAUAAGAACGACGCGAUCGGAAUCUCACUAUCGAAAGAACUCGUUGGAGUUGCUGGAGACGCCCUUAAGGCGAACAUCACUACACUUGGACCAUUAGUUCUUCCAUUAUUUGAACAACUAAAAUUUCUUGCCACUUUAAUAAUGAAAAAGAUUCUCAAAAUAAAGAUAAAAUCAUACAUUCCAGAUUUCAAGUUGGCAUUUGAACACUUCUGCAUCCAUCCUGGAGGAAGAGCUGUUUUAGAUACAGUGGAGAAAAGUCUUGAUCUCACUGAGUGGCACAUGGAGCCUUCAAGAAUGACUCUCUAUAGGUUUGCAAACACUUCAAGUACUUCAAUAUGGUAUGAAUUGGCUUACUCAGAAGCUAAGGGAAGGAUCAAGAAGGGUAAUAGGGUGUGGCAAUUAGGUUUUGGUUCAGGUUUCAAGUGCAACAGCGUUGUGUGGCGUGCUUUAAGGUCUAUCAAUCCAGCCAACGAGGAGAAUCCUUGGAUUGAUGAAAUUAAUGAUUUUCCUGUUCACAUACCUAAAGCCACACCUGUAAUGUAUUAAACCCUUCUUUCUCUUGUGUUUUUGGGCUAAAUAAUAAAAAACUGCUUGCUUUUCAUUUCAGAAAUUCCAGUGUGCUUGUAAUUGUAUUCUAAUUUAUAAUAAUACCAAUCGCCUUUCCCUCA